CUGAAAGUAGUAGUAACUGUCUUCUUCUCAGAGAGAGAUAAACAUUUACCGUUAGAAGAACAAGAAAAAAAAAGAAAAUUUUUUUUUCCUUCUCAUCUCCAACAACAAUCUUCUUUAAUGAUAAUGAUUUAAGUGAUGAAGAUGAUGAAGAUUAGACAAGGAGGAAGAAGAUGAUGAUGAUGAAAUUGCAAUAAUUCGAAAUUCUGUUUGUAUUCUAUUCGUUUUCAUGGAUCUUUUCAAAUUUCUCUCCAUCUUCAUCUUCCACUGAUUACCAACAAUUUACUCUCAUUUUCCCUUGUGUUUCUAUCAUCCCAAUCAUCAUCUUUGGUCAUCUUUGUGUCCACUUCGUCCUCAUCCCUCUUCUAAUACUAAUCAACAGAUUCUUGACCAUCUAAACCAAUGAUUAUUACUACUCAUCAUCUCUGUUAAUAUUUAUCUCUCCAUCAUCAUCUUAUUCAGACAAAAUAAUAACUCAAACUGACCACUAGUCAACCUCUUAUUGGACACAUAUAAAUAUCCAAGUAUAAUUGUAUUGUCCAGUUAUUUGAAAGUGAUCACCAUUUAAUUGUUAUGUUUUAAUUGUCAUCAAGAGUGUCAUAAUUAUUACCAAAAUCAUGAUUCAGUAUCAUGAUUAGUGUUUGAAUUUUUUUCCCCACUUUCUUGGUUCACCAAUGAAAUGAUUUUAAUUAGUUUACCAUUGGAAUCAAAUCAAUUGUUAUUAUUAUCAUCAUCAUCACAAUCUAAUCAAUAUCAACAACAAUUUAAGAGUCAAGAUCAAUGUUUAUUUUCAUAAUUUUCGUGCUAAUCAAUUGGUUAAUUUUAUCAUUUUUUUCACCUUCAACCUUAUUAUCAAUACCGCCGUCAACGAUAUUAAGGUCACAAUUAUCGUCGGUAAAAAUGGACACUUUUUUUGACAAUUUAGCAAAUCUUUCAUUCUUUAACAAUCAAUCAUUAAUUGAUUCACUUAAUUCAUCAACAUUAGCCAAUAGUUUUCUUGCUGAAUGUGAUUAUGUAGCUGAUGCAGCAAACCGAUUAGCUGAAGAUGUUAAUAGUAAUCAUCAUUUUAUUAUUAAUGAUUCAUCUAUAUCUUCACAAUUAAGUAUAUCAUCGUUAACUUCAUCAUCAUUAUCAUCAUCUUUAGCCUUGGGAUCAUCUCCAUCAUCAUCUCAGUCAAUUUCAUCUUCACCACAAGAAUCGCAAUCAUCGUCAUCUCCACCUAUCGAUUAUCCCUCAUCGUCAUUACCCAAUAUCGAAGUGGCCUCCGUGGCAGCGGAAACUUGUAACACUCUGAAUAUAUUUCCAAAUUCAACAAUUUGCAAGGAUCCAUCUUAUUAUGCGGUUUCAUACAGAAUCAUUGGAACCAUUUUUCAGGGAUUCAUCUUAAUCAUAGGUGUUCUAGGUAACAUCAUGGUCGUUAUCGUGGUGGUGAAAACGCGUUCAAUGCGAACACCGACAAAUUGUUACUUGGUCAGUCUUUCAAUCGCUGAUUUAAUGGUGCUAAUUGCCGCAGUUCCAAAUGAGAUAAUAGCUUAUUACGUUCUGGGCGACCAAUGGAUCUGGGGAAGGGUGGGUUGUGCUUUAUUUAUAUUUUUCCAAUAUCUUGGUAUUGACGCUUCCUCCCUGUCGAUCACGGCCUUUACCGUUGAGCGAUACAUUGCCAUUUGCCACCCGAUGAAAGCGCAAAAAGUUUGUACCGUUCAUCGUGCCAAACGGAUUAUCCUUAAUGUCUGGCUAUUUGCCUGUAUCUACAAUGCCCCAUGGUUUUUCCUGACCAAAGUUGAGCCCAUUUGUUAUCGUUCACUUGAAGAUUCAAACCUUGAAACUUGUACAUUUGCCUGGUCACGAAAAUAUUAUUUGGGCUACUUUUUUUCGGACCUUGUUUUGUUUUACAUUUUCCCGCUUCUCUUAUCAUGUGUACUUUACGGCCUAAUGGCAAGGGUACUUUUCAAUAAUCCACUUUCUAAAACAAUGGGAGCUUCAACAUCAUCUUCAUCUUCAUCAUCAACAACAGCACAAGCAAAUCAAACAACAACAACAACAACAGGAUCACUUACAACAGGAACAACAUCAGUAACAACCUCUCAUCACAGUUUAAUCACAAGUAAACUAUCAAAUUCAUCAUCUCAUCAUCAGAAUCACUCCCAUUAUCAUCAUUCUCAUCAUCAUCAUCAUCAUCAUCAUCCACAGAUUGCUCAAAGCACACAAUCAAAAAAAUCAUCGUCCGCUUCAAAUGAUUCCUCAAGGGUCCAGGUUGUCAAAAUGUUGGUUGUAAUUGUCGCCGUUUUUGCCACCCUAUGGUUACCUUAUCGUGCCCUCCUGGUGUAUAAUUCAAUGGCUGAACAAAGAUACAUGGAACUUUGGUAUUUAAUGUUUUGUAAAACGAUGAUAUUUGUUAAUUCAGCAAUUAACCCGAUACUUUACAAUGCACUUUCGGUCAAGUUUCGUCGAGCCUUUAAACGUAUGUUAUCCUGUGAUACCCGACGAAGACGGAGACAUUUAGAUGUACCUUUGGCCUCAAUUCACGUUUCAAUGGGUAACUCAAUUAGGAAUAACAAUUUACACAGUAACACAUUUCUAACCAAUCACACAAACAACGCUAAUAACAUAAUUAACCAGCAACAAUUUAAAUCUAAAUCAACAACACCAACAACGCCAAAGCCAACACCAAAUAAUAACAAUAUUAAUAGUAAAAAAAAUGCUAUUAAUGAUAAUUCAUGUAUUAGUAAUACAAUUAACAAUAAUCAAGAGACAAAUAGUGUUGAUAAUUUAAAUUGUAAUAUUGAUGAGAAUCAUGUUGUUACCAAUGUUGAUUCAAUGACCACUACGAUGAUGACCAAUACCAACUCGUCCACCAGCACAACAAUUAGUCCAACCAAUGUCGUUGCCACAAUCAAUUCGAGUAAUCAAUUGAUCAAUGGACCUAAAAUUUUACGAUUUACUGUUCAACAUACAAACGAUUCUAAUUGUAAACAAACAGUUGAAGCCUUGUGAUGAUUUAUCAUCAUCAUAAUUCACUUAAAUUAUGAUUAAACCAUCCAGAGAAUCUGAUUAACUUGAUUAUGUAUAAAAAAAAGCAAGAAAUUAACAAGUCUAAUGAUUCAGCUAAUGAUGGUUGAUUAAUUAUCUAUCUACAAUUAACUUAAUUGUAUUUUAAUUUCUUUAAAGCUUUUACUUCAUUUAUGUUUUUGUUUUCUUGUCUUCUAAAUGUUUCAUUUGAAUACUUUGUUACAUAAAUCAUGAGGAAUUCAUGGUGAUGAUUUUUCUCAGUAUUCAGAUGGAAUUGAAAUUUGUGCAUUUAAAUUUAUCUCUCAUCAUGAUGAUUGAAUAUCAUUAAGAUGGUAAAACUUAUCCAGGGUUAAGUAAAUAAAAAGAAAUCAAAAAGUAACUUUAUUUACUAUCGGAAGUUUCAAUCUUUUUCCUGAAUAAUCAGCAUUCUCAUGGAGGAAAUAAUCACAAUUUCAACUUUAGAAUAGAAGAAAAAAAGAAAAGAUAAAUUCUGUGAAAUUUUAUUCUCAUCAAUUCCUAUUCACAUAUAAAUAUCUGAGCUUUUUUUCCUUCUUCUUUUGAUCAAAUCAAAUGUUGUUUUCCAAUCAAUGUCAUACUAACAAUCACCAUGUUGACAUGUAAAUAUAUAUGAAACUGAAUAAA